CAGUUGGCGCAGUCGCUACAGAAGUUAAAGAGCAGCCUGUGUUGGAUUGAGAGUAAGCGUUUUCAUUUCCACUGAGGAACUAACGCAGUUAAUAGCGCAGGAACUGAGUCCUGGCUGAAAAGAGAAGCAGAACUGUAUUGAUUAUUGCUGGAGCUCUGGGAGGUGUCUCACUGUCUGACUGACACGGGCGGGUCCGUCUCAACUUCAAUUACAAGUCUCCUCUCAGCACUGCGUGAAGGACGUGGUUUCAGCAGAUCCCUGUAAGAUUGAGGUAAACACGCCAUCAUGUUCACCUGGUCCACUCGUAACGGUAAGAAGGAGCCGGAGCUUUUCCAGAGUGUUUCGGACGGGCUGAAGCGGCUGUACCGUCAGAAGCUCUUCCCUCUGGAGGACGCGUACCGCUUCCACGACUUCCACUCCCCGGCUCUGGAGGAUGCUGACUUCGAUAAUAAACCCAUGGUGCUACUGGUGGGUCAGUACUCCACCGGUAAAACCACUUUUAUCCGGCACCUGAUGGAGCAGGAUUUCCCCGGGAUGAGGAUUGGACCCGAGCCCACUACGGAUUCCUUCAUAGCGGUGAUGUACGGGGAGCAGGAGGGGGUCAUACCGGGAAACGCGCUGGUGGUGGAUCCGAAAAAACCGUUCCGAAAACUAAACGCCUUCGGAAACGCCUUUUUAAACAGGUUUAUGUGUGCUCAGAUGAAGAACCCUGUUUUGGAGAGCAUUAGUAUCAUUGAUACUCCAGGCAUCCUGUCAGGGGAGAAACAGAGGAUAAGCAGAGGCUAUGACUUUGCAGCCGUGCUGGAGUGGUUUGCUGAGCGUGUGGACCGCAUCAUCCUGCUCUUUGACGCUCACAAGCUAGACAUCUCUGACGAAUUCUCUGAGGUCAUUAAGGCCCUGAAGAACCACGAAGACAAGAUGCGUGUGGUCCUGAACAAAGCCGACCAGAUCAGCACACAGCAGCUGAUGAGGGUAUACGGUGCCCUAAUGUGGUCUCUAGGAAAGAUCAUCAACACCCCAGAGGUGGUCCGGGUCUACAUCGGCUCAUUCUGGGCCCAGCCUCUCCUCGUGGCCGACAACAGGAAGCUGUUUGAGGCAGAGGAGCAGGAUCUUUUCCGAGACAUCCAGAGUCUUCCACGGAAUGCCGCUUUAAGAAAACUGAACGAUUUGAUCAAAAGGGCUCGUCUUGCCAAGGUUCAUGCUUACAUUAUCACCUCACUAAAGAAGGAAAUGCCAAGCGUGUUUGGCAAAGACUCCAAGAAAAAAGAACUGAUCAACAACCUGGGUGCUAUCUAUGAGAAAAUAGAGAGAGAGCACAACAUUUCUCCAGGGGACUUUCCCAACCUCAAGAAAAUGCAGGACCUCCUGAUGGCCCAAGACUUUGCUAAGUUUCCUGCCCUGAAACCCAAACUGCUGGAGACUGUGGAGGACAUGCUGGCCAAUGACAUUGCCAAACUUAUGGCACUUGUGCGCCAGGAGGAGGCGUCUAUGCCCACCCAGGUGGUAAAGGGUGGAGCUUUCGAUGGCACCAUGAAUGGCCCAUUCGGUCAUGGGUACGGCGAGGGUGCUGGUGAGGGCAUUGAUGAGCUGGAGUGGGUGGUCGCCCGUGACAAGCCUAGCUAUGAUGAGAUAUUCUACACUCUCUCACCCAUUAAUGGCAAGGUGUCUGGUGCAGCUGCCAAGAAAGAGAUGCUUAAGUCCAAGCUUCCGAAUACAGUGCUGGGUAAGAUCUGGACCUUGGCUGAUGUAGACAAGGAUGGCUUCCUGGAUGAUGAUGAGUUUGCUUUGGCUAACCAUCUGAUCAAGGUGAAACUUGAAGGAUAUGAGCUACCUGCCAAGCUACCUACUCACUUGGUGCCCCCAUCUAAACGUGGAACUGAGCAGCAGUAAGACACUGGAGCACUCCAGCUCAUCUUAGGCUUUUAACUUCCCCAGCCAUUCCAGGGAUUACUUCCAAAAAUGUGCAGAAGCAGCAGCAUUCACCAAAACUUUUUGUUGUUUAAUGUACAGGUAUGAUACUUAAAGGCGUUCAAGUUGUUGUACAUAUGGCUCUUUUCAUAUUUCUUUAGGCAAUAAGAAAAAUAUGUAGCGUUGGUCUUUGGUUAGUUAGUUCAGAUUCAACUACUUGACCUUUUUCACUAGGAGCUUGAUUUCUUUUUAUUAAUAUCUUUUUUUAAUGAAAUUUAUAAUGAAUUUGGUCACAUCAAGCCUUUAUUUCAUAUUGUCACACUUCAUUGGUUUAUUUCAUUGGUUCUGAAAAUGGCAUAUGUGGGGAAUGAAUAUCUGGAAUGGCUUUGGAGUUCCAAAGAUUGAACUAGGAAACCUGAUCUCAGAAGGGUGGAAUCAGAUCUAACAUGCCUGUAAGAGACUGAAUGUUUAUGGAAACUCAGAUGCCACUUUCAACAGAGGGUUCUUCACAAAGAAAUAGCAGAUUGACUUUGGGUACUAAAGCAAUAGACGACAGUUUUGGAGAGCAUGAGGCAAGAGAAGUUAGGGGUGACUUGUGGGAAUUAAAAUGUGAAAUAUAUAUAUACACCAUUUAUUAAAAUAUGUAUCCAUAUUCUUUUUGCACCCUUAACUUAUUGUUCUCAAAAUCUGUAUUUUUAUAGUUGAUAUUUCUCUUGACUUAUGUUCUUGUCUAAAAAGACUGUCGUGCAGUUUCGGUCUUUUUAGAGGUUUUGAAAAUCAUCUUACUGUAGCCCCUCGUACAGCAAAUCUGUUAUAUUAAUCUGCUAAAAAUAAAAAAAUAUUGUUAA